GGAAAGUUGAACACACUCUGCCGACGAUGCGACUUGGCGCCGCCAUGUACGAUAUCACCGGUCCCGCCGCGGAGGCUGGCAUGUUUGGGUACGCCCAAUUCCACCAAGCCACCACGGGUAUCCACAUGCGUCUUCGGUCGCGGGCGUUUGUGUUUCAUGAUGACUGUGCGGUGGGAAACGACAUGUCGAUCUUUGCGUUUGUCAGUGUCGACACGGGCUGCAUCUCCGAGUCCAUCACGCAAUCAGUGCUCGCGCGGCUCCAAGCGCAUGAAGAUGUGUUCCCGUCCUUAACGUUUCAGACACACAACGUCAUGCUGAGUGCGACGCACACGCAUUGUGCGCCGGGCGGUGUAUCGGAAUAUCCACUCUACAGCAUGCACCCGCCGUUGAAGGGAUUUGACAAGCAGAACUUUGAGUGCGUUGUGACGGGCAUUGUGAAAUCCAUUGUUCGUGCCUUCCGCAAUCUCCAGCCGGGCGUGAUUCGCGUCGCACGGGGCGAGUGCCUUGGCGCAUCCAUCAAUCGAUCCGUUGAAGCAUACAAUGCCAACCCCCUCGACGAACGGCAGCAGUUUGCUCACAACACGGACAACGACAUGACGUUGUGGAGGUUGGAUGGAAUCGACGAAUAUCCCAUUGGCAUGAUCAAUUGGUUUGCUGUCCACCCGACAAGUAUGGGCAGUUGGUUCACACUCAUCACAGGCGACAACAAGGGGUACGCAUCGCAUGAAUUCGAGCGCGAGAAAGGGACGGUGCACUUGAUGGACCGCCCGCGAUGCUUUGUGGCGGCGUUUGCCCAGACGAACGAAGGCGACGUAAGUCCCAACAUCUUUGGACCACGCAACCACGCGAACGAACACCUCGACCUCGAGCGGAUGGAAAUUGUAGCCGAAGCGCAGCUCGAGACAGCGCGGCGUCUGUACAACUUGGCUGAGACGUUGCCACCCGCGACAACUAUGUCCAUCCGGUGUGUCCACCAGUACGUCGAUUACAACUCGAUCGCGCUCGGGGCCAAGUGGCACGUACACAAGGAGUGUCCGCCGUCGACAUCGUCGGGAUGCAUUGGGGUGUCGAUGCUCAGCGGCACGCGGUUCGAUGGACGAGGGGUCAGCAUGAUCCCAGAGGGAUUGCAGUGGGGCGCCAAGUGCUGGUUUACGCUGAUGCCGCAGACGCAGUCGAUGCAAAAGGAAAAGCCCAUUAUAUUCCCGACAGCGUCCACGGGCAUAUCGCCGUCCAUCUUGCCACUGCAAUUGGUUGUCCUUGGCGACAAACUCGUGCUGGCCGCGACUCCAUUUGAAAAGACAACAAUGGCUGGGCGGCGGCUUCGGCGCUCCAUCGCCACUGCGCUCGAGUUGGACAGCCCAAACGAUGUUGUGCUCGCGGGGCUUGCCAACGCAUAUUGCGGCUACAUGACGACUCGCGAAGAGUACGCGAUCCAACGGUACGAAGGGGCGUCGACGCAUUUUGGCCCCAACCAGUUGGUCGCGACGCAGCAACAGUUUGACGAGUUGGCUGCGUGCCUCCGACUCGGCACUACGCCGCCGUCGCUACCUCCGCCACACAAAUUCAGCACGUCCAACUGGCACACACCCGUGAUCCACGACAGCGUGGGUGACUGGACAUGGACUUUUGGCCAGGUUGUCGAAGAUGUGCUUUUGACCAAAGAAGUAUUUUCUCCAGGAGACAUUGCCCAGGCUGUGUUUUGCGCCGGUCACCCGAAGAACGACCUGCGAACACAAAGCACCUUUCUUGAAAUCCAACGGUGGCGGUUGUUCGACGGGUGUUGCGGAGGUGGCGUGUGGGUGUUGCAUGCGGACGACAGCGAUCCCCAGACGUUUUUCCACUGGAAGCGGAGCGGGCUGUCGGCGUCGUUGGUCACUAUUGUGUGGCACAUUCCACCCAAGACCCCUCCCGGACUCUACCGCAUCAAGCACAAUGGGCACUACAAGGAGCGCUGGAAUGGCAACGUCGUCGUGCCGUACUGCGGCGUCUCGCGGGCAUUCGAAGUUGUCAACGAAGAUGAACUCGAGGCCACCUUGACCGAUGCCAUCCAUGACCAUCGCCCCCCCGAGCCGACGUUAUCCACUGCAAUCGAACACAAGGAUGAGCUGAUGGCCACGGCGACGAGGGAGCUCGUGUGGUCGCCGUCAUCUAAGCUCAAAAAGCGCGCGACUGGACGAUGGCCAUCGGGCAUGUGGAAAGAGGACGGCUAAACGAAUGACAUUUAACAUACAUUUAUUCAGCAAUUGUUGUCCAUUCAGGCAUCGUGGACUUCGACGAUCGCUUCGAUUUCCACGGGAACAUUCAAAGGGAGGCCGUUGGUGCCGACGGCCGACCGAGCGCCGACGCCGUGGUCGCCAAAAACCUUGGCAAACGUGUCAGACGCCCCGUUGAUGACGGUGGGUUGGGCAGCGAAGCCAUCGACGGCGUUGACGAACCCCGUCAACUUGACGAUUUGCUUGAUCUUGUUCAAGUCGCCCAAUUCGUUUUGCAAAGUCGCGAGGAGCGCAAGUGCGACAACGUGCGCAGCUUCGUACGCUUGUUCCGUCGUGAGAUCGACGCCAACCUUGCCCGUGAUCAACGCUCCGUUUGCCGGCGUUGGGAUAUGACCAGCCGUGUAGAUCAAGUUGCCGACACGAGUGAGGAGCUUGUAGUUGCCCUUGGGGGGCGACACAGGCGGGAGGACGUAGCCAAGUUCGGCUAGGCGAGCACGGUAAUCGGGCAUCGUCAAGUCAAGAAUGGGCAUCGUCAAGUCAAGAAUGGCCCUCGUCACCCCUCCAACA